AUGUUCCACCGUGAAUCGACUGUUGAGCUCCCAUCGCAGCUUGGUGGUGGUGAGCUGAGUGUUCUGGCAAUCCACUUCACGAAUCAGGUGCUUUUGCAACUACGGUACAAUGGCGAACUCGAUACCACUUUCGAAGUGUCACGACAGGGGUUGGGACAAUUGCAUCAAAUGGGCUCUAAUGGUGAGUUGAGAGACACUAUGGCAGAUUACAAAGCUGUGUCUAAGCUGGGAAAUAGUGAUGAUGCGAAGUUGCCUGUUGUAUGUACGCAAUUGGCAGAACUAGUAUUUAGAACUGUUGUAGAUGGAAUCGAAACUUUUGAACCACGCAAUUUGCUGGUAACAAUGAGCAGUAAACUGUGGUACCAUGGUUCGCACGAUUUCGAGACCUUAAUGUUCGUCUUAAAAACAAUUAAACAGAUGUAUACUUAA